AGCUUCCAAGAUUAGCUAUGCGAAUGGUGACCAAAAAGGGAUUUUGUCCCUUUUGCUCUGGAAUUCAAUUGAACGCUCAUUUUGCCCUCAUCUUCGAAUAUUCUUGCGACCGAUAGUUAUUAGAAAAAAUGGCUUCAAAGGGCGGGAAGGUCGUUUCCCAGGCUCAACAUCAUCGAGGAUACGAAUUCGGGGGGCCAAUCGGAUCAUUUGUUUUGACAUUCGGCUUGCCGGUGCUGGUUUACAGUUUUGCGUUCUUUUGCAAUGAUAUCUCGGGAUGUCCUGCACCGUCACUCCUCCAUCCGUCCACCUUGUCCCUUGACAAGCUGAAGACGGAAAUUGGUUGGCCGGAGAGUGGAAUCAAGGGCUUAUACGAUGGCCAUGUCACCCUUUAUGUGCUGGGUUAUUAUCUUCUCAGUCUUUUCUUGCAGAUAUUUCUUCCCGGCACUGAGACCCAGGGAGAAGUUUUGGCCUGUGGAGGUCGACUGAAAUAUAAAUUCAAUGCAUUUAACUCCGCUGUUUUGAUCCUUCUUGGGUGCGGUGCCGGGACAUAUAUUUAUGGGGUCGACUUCCCCUUGUGGACAUUUCUCUGGGAGAACUAUAUCCAGGUUCUGACUGCAAACCUCUUGAUCUCUUCUAUCCUUGCUAUUUUUGUUUACCUCUAUAGUUUCACUGUCCCAGCACCAGGUACACCAAAUCCUAUGCUUCGAGAGUUAGCUCCUGGCGGGCAAACGCGCAGUGCCUUGUAUAACUUCUUCAUUGGACGCGAACUGAACCCCAGAGUCAAACUCCCUAUUCCCUUCGUGAAGGACACCUCUAGAACAAUCGAUAUCAAGGUUUUUUGCGAAUUGCGACCGGGAUUGUUGGGCUGGGGGCUUCUGAACCUGUCGAAUGUGGCACACCAGUAUAAAGUUAACGGAAGCCUCACGUCGUCAAUCCUCUUGGUGACCGCGUUUCAGGGCUUCUACGUCCUCGAUGGCCUAUACAUGGAACCGGCGAUCUGCACCACUAUGGACAUUAUCAUGGACGGAUUUGGUUUUAUGCUGGCUUUCGGUGACCUUGUGUGGGUCCCGUUCACAUACUCAAUUCACACCAGAUACCUGGCCAUAUACCCCUUCGAGCUGGGUAUCUAUGGGGCUGCUCUUGUGAUUGGGGUUCAAUCUCUUGGGUACUAUAUCUUCCGUAGCACCAAUAACCAAAAGGACCGUUUCCGCAAGAAUCCAAACGACCCGAGAGUGAAGCAUCUUCAAUAUAUCCAGACUUCUCGGGGCUCGAAGCUGAUUACGUCCGGAUGGUGGGGUGCCGCUCGUCACAUAAAUUAUUUGGGCGACUGGAUCAUGUCAUGGACAACGUGCCUACCGACUGGUAUCGCAGGUUACGCCAUGGUUGAGAGACUCAAUCCUCUGACGGGAACCAGUGAGGUACGUGCGGUGCAAACAGAAGAGUCUCGCGGUUGGGGGAUGGUGUUUACUUAUUUCUACAUUGUGUAUUUUGGAAUCCUGCUUGUCCAUCGCGAAAGACGAGACGAGGAGAAGUGCAGAAACAAAUAUGGUGCAGACUGGGCGAAGUAUACCUCGAAAGUGAAGAGCAGGAUCAUUCCAGGUAUCUAUUAGGGUUGUUUGGAGCUCUUACAUGUUUAAAAAGGCUGUGUGGUGACCAGGGGCGCAUGUUACUCUAUUAGCAGGGUGAAUUUAUAGUGGAUGGAUCAAAGCGACCCUUGAUAUCGCUUUCUAACUUCAUAAAUGUAUUAAUGCUUCAAAUUAUAUACUUAUAAUGCUUUUAGAUAAUAAUAAUAAUCUAUGACAAUUAAC